UCGAAUUGAAUGAAAUUAUUCGUUCCUGAGGACUGCCUCCUAUCAACAUCAUAAACUACUUAAUAAAAGUGAAUGAUCUGUUGUACUCCGUGGGUUGUACAGGGCGAAUCACGUAUUUUGUCCAUCUUCGGUACUUUCAUUGUUUGUGGAAUUAUCUAAAUUUCAGAUAAUUUGCUUUUGGACAGACUGUGUCACAUUUGUUUAUGAUCAGUCGAUGAAUAAUUAAUAUAAAUCGCGAUAAAAAAUGAUUUAGAUGACUCGACCAGUGUCGAAAAUGAUCAGGAAGGAACGAGUUACACGGCUCAUCCUGUAUACUUACACUUGACCUCUUGCCAAGUCUCAUGCUCCCGCGAUUGAUUAUUGAUUCAUGCAGACGAUAUUGUUUGAUAGCAUGGAGAGAAGUGCAUGAUUGCGCAUGGCAUUGUUAGUUCGAGUAAACCCAAUUGAGUCGAAACAAGAUCGAUGCUCCCGUAAAGGUUAUACGAAUUAUCUAACGAUAGAUGCAAAUUUCUACUGAUUGUGUUUUACAUUUUCAUCGCGAUAACGUUACAUAUCGUGCUUCACAUCGUACGUCUUCACUUGUAUUUAAAAUAAUCGUUUCGCGUCGUGUGCACCUAUCUAGAGCGGGUACGAAACAGAUGUAGCCAAGGACGCGUCGAGCACAGACCGCUCAUUUAACUUGGUGGUCACCCGCGGGUGAACAGAGAUGGCCACCCCGCAAACUCCCGAUAUGGAUCAUUGGGUGGUCCAACCCAUGGAACGCGCUAGGUACAGGGAACAGUUUGAGUCUUUAAAGCCCAUCAAUGGUGUUGUCACAGGAGAGCAAGCAAAACAAUUUUUGCUCAAGUCUCGGCUUUCACCUGCCAUCCUUGGUGAAAUAUGGGCUUUAUCGGAUACAGAUGCAGAUGGCAAGAUGGAUAUAAAUGAAUUUAGUAUUGCAUGUAAAUUAAUUAACUUAAAAUUACGUGGCUUUGAGAUUCCUAAAUCAUUGCCACCUGUUUUGGUGCGAAGUUUGAAAUUGCUUGCUGCUAGUGAAAGUAGCGCAACAAAUUUAACAAAUGGGGCUGCCAAUAUUCCACAACAGAAUAAUGUUGCAUCUUUAGUGAAUUUAACUGGUCCACCACCGGUACAGGUGCAACCCUUAAUCGGUGGAAUGCCCAUGGCUGGAUCCGUUCCACGUCCUCUUAUCGGUCCUCCGCCGACAAAUGGGCCGCUACCUGGACACGGUAUUAGACCCGCUUCGCCAAUGACGUUACCAGCAUCACGACAAAGUAGACAGAAUGUGGCUGCCACUACACAUGCCACAACUCACACAGCGUCAAAGCCACCUGCUCGACCUGCACCACCCUCUGUGGGAAUCGUGCCUUCUGCAACUACUACUACUACUACUACUACCACUACCACCACUCCUAGUGGUGGUCCUCCUCAAAGACCUGCACCGCCUACGAAUAUUGGGGCAAAUUUUUCACCUGCAAUCAGUGGUCCUCCCCCAAAACCUGCACCACCUUCGUUUCCUAAUAGCCCUGUUGCGGCUGGAAUUUCACCAGUUACAGUUCCACCUAUAUCUGCCACAGCAAUUGUUCCACCAGGUCAGCCGAUACAACCAAUGGCUACAGCUGCCAUAGAUUUACUUGAUCUUGAGUUACCAGGCAUGUCCACAGGAGCUCCAAUCGCACCGUUAAAUACAAAUCCAACUCCAAUUGCCGCUUUUGGUAUGGGUCAAGCAAUGCCAAUGCAACCAUUAGGUCCUGGCAUGGUUGCACCGAUUACAGUUGGCUCUACUAUCGUACCAUCUGUUGCGCCAAUACCUACUGGGGCUGGUGUAGUAGCAACUCCUCCAGCCGUAGGUUUACCAUUAGCGUCAGCACCCACAGUGAGUGGUACAUUAGUAAACGGCGUAAUUGCUCAAACACCCGUUUCCACAAGUACACCAGUGAGUACAACAGCGCGCCCACCAAGUAUAGAUAGAGUGGGUUCGAUCGAUUCCCAGCAUAGUCAGCAUUCAGUUGGAUCUCCACAGCCUGUAGAAUGGGCUGUACCUCAUCAAACAAAAUUAAAAUAUACUCAGUUAUUCAAUAUUUGGGAUAAGACACGGUCUGGAUUUUUGUCUGGUCCUCAAGCUAGAAAUAUUAUGGUACAGUCGCAGUUGCAUCAACGUGUGUUGGCAGACAUAUGGGCGCUAGCGGACAUGGACUCGGACGGUCGUUUAAGUUGCGACGAAUUUGUAUUAGCAAUGCAUUUAUGUGAUGUAGCUAAGCUUGGCGAGAAGAUACCUACUACUCUUCCGAUAGAGCUUAUUCCACCUGCGUUCAGACGUCAAAGACAGAGUAGUUUGACCCUUCCGCAAGCUGGAACAGAGAACAUGGAUCCAUCAGCUGGUAUGCCACAGACGUCCUUCGAAGAUAAGCGUAAAGAAAACUUUGAGAAAGGACAAGCAGAAUUAGAGCGUAGGCGUAAAGCUUUGUUAGAAAUUCAACGUAAAGAACAAGAGGAACGCGAACGAAAAGAGAGGGAGGAGGCUGAAAAACAAGAGAAAAUCAGACUGGAACAAGAGAGACGUAGACAAGCGGAAAUUGAAAAGCAAAUGCAAAGGCAAAAAGAGAUCGAACAGGAAAAAGAAGAACAACGAAAACGAGUGCACGAGCAAAGGGAAGCUGCGCGAAAAGAAAUGGAGAGACAACGGCAAUUAGAAUGGGAAAAACAAAAAUCACAGGAACUUCAGGCUCAGAGGCAAAAGGAACAAGAUGUAUUGCUUAAGUUAAAAGCAAAAAAUCAUACCCUAACUAUCGAACUCGGAACACUUAACGAUAAAGUAAAAGAAUUGUCGCAAAAAAUUUGUGACACCAGAGUAGGCGUUUCUGGCGUGAAAACAACGAUCGAUGGUAUGCGGUCGACGCGCGACGCACAAUUGCAAGAGAUGGCUGCCUUAAAAAAUAAACUCCGCGAACAAAACCAAAGAUUGUUGACUUUGAGUCAAGAGAAAGCUCGUAUUGAAGCAAAGAACAAGAUGAAUUCGGCUAUGGAAUCCGCGAAUCAGGAAGCUAUCAAAAUAGCGUUCGACAAUAAACAAAUUACUCUCAAACAAAUGAAAGAUAAGAUUGCUGACUUGCAACAGCAGAUUGAAACGAAAAUGGCCGACAUCGAAAAUAAUAAUGGCCAGCUACAAGAUGUCAAAACGCAAAUAAAAAAUUUGACAACCGAUUGUAAAAAUCUUCACGUUUCGUUCGAAGAUAAGAAGUUAAAAGUGUUAGAACUCAGAGGUAGUACUGGAACUACCGACUACACCACGUCCGCGUGGGGCGACACUGCUUGGAAUGACACUACGGGAGUAGUUAACGACUGGCCUGUCGAUGAUGUCCCUACGACUAACGAAGUCGAAGAAAUUACUCCAGGAGUCAUGAAAUAUAGGGCUCUCUACGAGUUUGUGGCCAGGAAUCAAGAUGAAAUAUCAUUCCAACCUGGCGAUAUUAUCUUGGUGCCGCCUGUUCAAAACGCAGAGCCAGGAUGGAUGGCUGGAGAAAUUCGAGGACACACCGGUUGGUUCCCUGAGUCUUAUGUAGAACCAGUGGAUGUCGGAAGCGGAACUGAGAAUGCUUUUGUACAGCAAGAUAGUGUUGAAAAGAGAACCCUAGAAGGUAUCGCUGAAGUCCCCGAGAAUGUAUCCGACGCGGGAUCGCUAGGUGGCGAACCUCCCGCUGUUGAACCGAUCGUACCUACCUUUGGAUUGGGUGUAGCUUGCGAUAUACAAGUAACAACUCUGUUUCAGUACCGCCCUACAACAGAACAACAUCUUCCCUUUGAGAAAGGAGAUAUUAUUAACGUCAUUGAACAGCAGGGUGAUUGGUGGUAUGGUACAUCUAGUACCGAAGAGAAGGGUUGGUUCCCCAAAUCGUACGUCAAAGAAAUUACUUCUAAUCAAGCCGCGGUGGUCGAAGGCCUCAACGAGUACCACAUGGCUCUGUAUCCGUAUACUUCUGCCGAAUCAGGGGACCUAACGUUUAAUCAAGGCGAAAUUAUAUUGGUUACUAAGAAGGAAGGCGAUUGGUGGACAGGCACUAUCGGAGAUAGGACCGGGAUUUUCCCUGCCAAUUACGUAGAAAAAUGUGAUGCCCCGGAUCAGGGUGCCCCUGUAGCUACUAACGUGUCCGAAACAAACGUGACUACUACGAUGCCCGCAGAUACAACCACGAGUAACAUCGAAGCAGAGGUUUCAGUUGUUCAAAUACCAUUGCAAGCGACAAAAACUGCUGAGCAGCUCGAAGAUGAAAGAGCAGCCGCAGAAGAUAGAGCAGAGCUGCCAGAUUUUACUGCAAUGGCUUCACAGCAGCGGGGAAGGAAACCUGAAAUCGUACAAGUUAUCGCACCGUACCAAGCCACUAGUUCCGAGCAAUUAGAUUUACAGAAAGGACAGUUAAUAAUGAUACGCAAGAAAACGGAUAGCGGUUGGUGGGAAGGAGAAUUACAGGCGCGCGGUAAGAAGAGACAAAUUGGUUGGUUCCCCGCAUCUUACGUUAAGGCUUUGACCAGUAGCAAUCGAAGUACACCCAUUUCCCAUGGAUAUCAAGAAUCUCCCACAGAUCCAAGUGUUGAACGUGUUAUGGCGUUAUACCCGUAUCAAGCACAAAACGAAGACGAAUUGAGCUUUGAAAAAGGCGAUGCUAUAAUUGUGCUUGCAAAAGACGAAGAAGCAUGGUGGAAAGGCGAGUUGAACGGCGCGUCCGGUGUAUUCCCCAGUAAUUAUGUAUCUCCCAUGUUUAAUGAGACGACAACUGACCUCGUAAUGGGUGGAUUGGAUUCAAUGGAAAGAAAGCGUCAAGAAUACAUCAAAGAGCUUAUUACAACUGAGCAAGCAUAUAUAGAAGAUAUGAGACUUGUACACGAGGUGUUUGAGAAGCCUCUUAUCGAAAGUUUAGUUUUAACUGUAGACGAAGUGGACAAAAUAUUUGUUAAUUGGAGGGAUAUUAUUGCCUGUAACGAUAACUUUUUGAGAACAUUACGGAUACGACGCGAUAACAGUGAAGGAGGGGUUGUGAGAAUGAUUGGAGACAUUUUAUGCGAAAAUAUACCAAGAAUGUCUGCUUAUAUCAGAUUUUGCAGCUGUCAGAUAUCUGCUGCUGUUUAUCUUCAGCGACUGACCGAGACUGUCCCAGACUUUGUAAAAGUUGCGCAUACCUGUCAACAAGAUCCGCGCACAAAAGGAAUGCCUUUAAGUUCCUUUUUAAUAAAACCAAUGCAGAGAAUAACAAAAUACCCUCUGAUUAUCGGCAAAAUUUUAGAAAACACACCAGUCAAUCAUCCUGAUCAACAAUAUCUCCAGGAAGCAUUGGCUAAAGCAGAAGAAUUUUGUACUCAGGUAAACGAAGGAGUCCGAGAGAAAGAGAACAGUGAUAGAUUAGAAUGGUUACAAACGCACGUGGCUUGCGAUGGUCUCGAGGAACAACUUAUCUUUAAUUCGUUAACCAAUUCUUUAGGUCCACGAAAACUUCUACACUAUGGUAUACUUCAUAAGGCAAAAAGCGGAAAGGAACUCGUUGGAUUUCUCACAAAUGAUUUUCUACUUUUCGCGCAACCGUUACUUAACAAAAAAUUAUUGUAUGGACAACAAUUUUCAUUUGACCGAAAUGAACAUCAGAAGUUCAAGAUGUAUAGAAAGCCAAUAUUUCUAAAUGAGUUAUCGUUCCUAGGAGAUUCAGAUACAAAUGGAAAUGUUAGCUUAAAUUGGGGUGAGAGUACAGAGAACUCGACUAAAACGCUUAGGUUAAGGGAUCAGAACCAGAAGAAGCCGAUAAUAUUGCUAGCACCAUCCCCAAGCGAAUGUUCUCUGUGGAUGAAAAGAAUUACAGAAGCAAGAAAGAAAUUUUUGGAAAACGAGAAGACCCGAUUACAAAGACAAAAAUCGAAGCAAGCGCAGUUUGGAGCGUGUGGCAGAAUUCUCGUUACAGUGCUUGAAGGCUUCAAUUUAAAGACAAUACCUGUUCGCAGGAGACGACCCGAGGGCAGACUUUGGUUAGUACUCGAAGAAGCUGAAGAUCUUAUUAUACCCAAGAAAGGCAAGUGCAAUACAUUCUGCAAAGUGAGUAUGGGUUCGCAAGAAGAAAGAACGGGUGUCGUAUCGGGUACCGAUUGUCCUAUGUGGGAUGCAUCCAUGCAAUUUCAAGUGAAGGAUUUAGUCGAAGAUACUUUGUGUAUUACAGUAUUUGAUAAGGGCUAUUACAGCCCCGAUGAAUUUCUCGGUCGAGCGGAGGUAAGGGUCGCCGACAUAAAGAGAGACAGCAGAGACUCGUGUGGACCAAUUCAAAAACGUAUUCGAUUGCGCGAAGUUGAGAAAGGCACAGUCGUAUUAAAGUUGGAUCUAAGACUGUUUGGAAAUCGAUAAACAAACAUUGUUUACGUUCACAGGUAAACAGCUAU